AUGGCACAGUACGGCGCGCCGCCCAACCAGUUUGGCGCAUCCGCCCAAAACCUCCAAUUCUACCCGUCGUCGUACUCCCCCGGCGUUCCCGGCCAGCCGACAUCAUCACAAGGCGGAUAUGGCUACGGCGUGCCCUCGGGAUCUAUGAGCAGUCCCGGCUUCGGCGGUGCCGGUCCUUCGGGGGUCAGUGGGCGCAUGGGGGAGCAAGGCGGCCUGAGGACGGGCUGGCUGGCGGCGUUUUCGACCGAGGGCUACGAGAACGAACCGCCCUUGCUCACAGAGCUUGGCUUUUCGUUUGACUUGAUCAAAGCAAAGACUCUCGCCGUGUUGAACCCCUUCGGACGAAUCGAUCAGCAUCUUAUGGACGACAGCGACCUGGGAGGGCCGAUUGUCUUCAUUGGCCUUUUCGGCACCUUCCUUCUCUUCAGCGGCAAACUUCACUUUGGAUACAUCUAUGGCCUCGCCCUUAUGGGCUCGAUUGCUCUACACACGAUAUUGAGUCUAAUGACCCCCGAUGGCCCCGACGCCGGCGCAUCGUCACACAUGUCACCCGGCUACUCCAACACCGGCUACCCUGGCGCCGACGACAGAGCUGGUCACCUGAGCAGCACCCUUACAUUCUCCCGAAGCGCGAGUAUAUUAGGAUAUUGUUUGCUGCCGCUGGUCCUGACGGCUUUGGUGGGCGUGGUCAUGCCUCUUGACGGCGUCAUCGGCUACAUGCUCACGUCGCUCGCCAUCUGCUGGUCGACACUGAGCUCCAGCGCCAUGUUCUGUGUGAUCGGGCGGAUGAAGAGUGCGCGGGGUCUUGUUGCAUACCCAGUCGCUCUGUUCUACGUCGGAUUUGGUAUCAUGUCCAUUUUCAGCAGUCGAGGAAGUGGUACCCUCAGCCAAGCCGCCGGUGUUGCGUGA